GUGAUCGUUAAGGAGAAUCAAUAUUUAAAUUAUCAAAAUUAAUAUUUAUUUAAUUGCCACAAAUUUUUGAUAGAGUAAUAUAUAUCAAGCUGUUUAUUGUGUAGAAUUUACAGUAUCAAAUAUUCUAACGUUGAUUUAGAAAUGAAUAAUCUACUUAAUUUAUUUAUUAUUCUUGGAUUAUGCUGGACGUGUUUGUUCGGUUUAGAAAAAGAUAGAAAUAACGAUGAUAUGAUUUGCGGUCAACCGAAAUUAAAUACACGUGUUGAAACAAUAUUGCGAUUACAACGUUCAAGAACAGAGAAAGCACUUGGAUUUACUUGGACACUUUAUAUUUCGAAAAAAGACUCUGAGCAGAAAGAACCUGAAGAUGGAGAAUAUGAUGAUUAUUACGAUUAUGAUAAUUUUGUAGAGAACCUUUUGUGUAAAGGAUUUUUAAUCCAUCCUCAAGUGGUAAUAACUACAGCUAGAUGUAUGCAAGAGUUUUCUUUUAAAGCACAAAAAAAUAAUUCUGCUAUAAAGAGUAGUUACAAAUUUGGUCAAUUAGAUCCAACAUUGCUUGACAAGAUUGAAAUCCGAAAUGGAGCUUGGAUACCUUUGGUUGUACGUCCUUUGAUAUAUACAACUCCACCAUUAAUUCAUGAACAAAUUCGUUAUGCUUCAAAUGUGACUAUCCAUCCAAAUUAUAAUUGUUCUAGUAUGGAGAAUAAUCAUGCUCUUUUGUUUCUUUCUGAAAGUUUUGAUAUGAGCAAACCAGAUAUUGGCCUACUGUGUCUAUCAAAUAGUGAAAUGUUAUCACUUCAGUGUCAAGAAGUAUACAACACUUAUUCGUCAGAGGUGGACUACGGCAAGUUAUGUAGAACUAAUUAUAAUUUAUAUUAUAAGGAAAAAUUUAUGAUGUGUCCAAAGGACUUGCAUUACUCGAAAAAAUACUAUUACUCUGGACUUUAUAGAUAUUUAGUCAUUUCAUCAUCACAGGGAAAGGAAGCUGGAAGUUCUUAUGAUAGUUUUGUAGGCAAUGUUGAUUGGGUACGAUCAUUCCUGCGUGAAAAUGGUGUAAAUGAUACUUUAUAUGAAAUAUAAAAAACGUAGUCUUAAUUUAAUAUUUCUCUGUACAGACGUGUUGAGAAUAUUAAAGUAAAAAUUAUUCUGACAUUUGAAGCAAGCUGAUUAAAUAGUACUUGCUUUAAAAAUGAAGAUA